CUUCUCUUCUAGCUGCUGACAUGGCCAUUGCUGUCGCUGCUUCCCCAGAUUCCCUCGCUCAGCCGGAUUCCAUUACCGAACCGGACAACGAAAAGGCUGCCUCCAAGCCUCCACCGCUCAUUAAAUCGCCUUACACCCCCAAGGAUGCCCUGGACGACAUACCGGGAGUCGCCCAUGCACUCGAUCUCUUUCUUGCUUCCAAAAUGGUAGAAUCAGAGGAAUAUUGCGACAAGACUGACCCGAAAAAGGAGCGACUCUAUAUGUCUACGGCCUACGGGAUCAUUCAGUGCGUCAAGGCGUUCAUGUCGUAUGCUGACGAGGACAUACUGGCCGGAAUCAAGCAUACAAAGCAGGGAAAUCAUAUUGCUAUUCAACAUCGGAAGAAGGCUGCCUCGCUGACCUCACGGUUAGCAGGCUAUGUCGUAACUUCGUUGAAUACGACUGGAGUUGGUUUCAUCAAGAGCAUGACCCCAGUAGAACGGCAUGCAGAGCUCGUCUACGCCGAGAGUCUGUUCGAAAAAUCUCUGCUGGGUAUUGUCUAUUCCGGUGAUUGGUUGGCAUUCAUUAAAGAAGCACUUAAUAUGAGGACGACGUUCAACACAUAUCGUUCCUUGUACAAGUACAUAACUACUAUGGAUGCAGCUUCCCCAACUGGCCACGAUGAUUCCAUUGACAAGCAUUUCCGCUCAGGAGUUUACCUCGGCACAGGAAUGAGCAGUCUCGUUAUCACUCUAAUGCCCGCUAAAGUCCUUACGGUCGUCGAACUCUUUGGGUACCACGGUGAUCGCACAGAGGCCCUUUCCCUGCUUUGCAAAGCUGGUGGCUGGACUUCAGAUUCUGACCAACCCUCCAUUUCCGAAUCCGAGGAGGGCGUUCGCCGGUCCAUAUGUGACAUGUCACUCAUGGUGUUCCAUCUCUUCCUUUCCGACUUUACUUUUGAGGGUGUCGACGUUUCUUUGGCCGAAAAGAUUAUUCACUGGAACGCGAAACGCUACCCAAAUGGCGUGUUCUUCCUUUUUGGCCGCGGUCGCCUCGCUCUCAUGAGGUCGCAGCCGAAGGAGGCGAUCGGCUACUAUACUCGUGCUAUGGAGGUGCAGACGCAGUAUAGAAAUCUGCAUCACCUCUCUUUCUGGGAGAUGUCUGUCGCAAAUCUGGCGUUGUGGGAUAUCGCUGCGAGCUUAGACUGCUGGAGAGUGUUGGAGAAAGAAUCCACGUGGUCUAAAGCGGUUUACACUUACGGGAUGGCUGCGUGUCUGAUUGAAGGUUCGAAGCAAUCGGAUGAGGCUCGGUCAUGGAUUGAGAAGGUCUCGGGCUGCAGACAGAAGGUUGCGGGAAAAAGUAUACCAGCUGAGAAAUUUGUGGCGAGGAAAGCACGCAAGUUUUUGGAUCAGGGAUGGUUAAUGCUACCUGCGAUGGAGCUAGCUUACAUGUUCUUGGCUCUCUCUCGCACGCCGCGGGACGUUCUUGUGGAUAAGAUGCUUGUGGCAAUCAAAGAAUGUCUAAAGGUAUUGGAUGAGAAGGACAGCUCCUCGAAGGGGUAUUGGGACGACUGGACACUGGCCAAGUUCCUCGAAGGUGUCUGCAUGAGAUAUGUCGCGUAUCCAGAUCCCCAUGCGCUCACUCUGCCUGACGCUCCACCUGUGGCGAUAACUCAAGAAGAAGCCGCGGUCGCGGCCAUUGCAGCAUUCGAAGCGAUAUUCGAGAACGGUCCCAAGAUCGAAUUAGAUCACUACGUGGUGUAUCACGCACAUUACGAACUUGGCCGAUUGCUGGCAUGCAAAGGCGAUAUCAACGAGGCGCGAACUCAUUUCGACCUUGUACUUUCUGGCAAAUACCUGGAGGUUGGACCGUCGGGGAGAAAGGGUAGAUAUAGCAUGGAGAGUGCUCUUCAUAUGCGUACAUACGCCGCUAUGGAUGCGCUAGGCAAGAGGCCACUAUGAAAGCUUGAGUCGAUAUACCUUUAGCAGCGUUCACAGAUUAUCAGGGGGUAGACAAUCUUUUUGCAAUUUUAACAAUAUACCUAUACUUAUUUUUAUCUAUACACGCGCAUUAAUAUACACUAAUCUUUGGGCAUUUAUAUGUUCUCGGUUCACGAGUGCUCAAUGCUACGCCCGGCGUCCCCCUGUGGACCGUGCCGUGUAAUACUACCUACAAUACCUGAAGUAUUAUCCUUACCGGGGGUUUCGAUAACGGGCAGAGCUGAACAAGGAAAAAUAUCCAGG